UUACAAUGAAUAAUUAAUAAUUAAUUUGGGUGAGGAUGAUUUCAUAAUCAUGGUGGCGGAUUAACACAAGCGUAUAUGAUGAUAUCAUCAUCAUAAUUACGUUUGGAGUCAAAACUAACGUUCCUUCCGGGCGGAAGAAGAAGAAUACAUACAUAUCAACACCGAAUACACACACAAUACAAUUCAGGAAAACAUCUCGCGCAGCUGAAUAAUGGCUUCAUCUAUGGAUUCAUGGCCACGGGAAUAUAAUGAAGCAGUAAAACUUGCUGAUGAUAUAACUGGCAUGAUUUCUGAAAAGAGUUCGGCACCGACAUCUGGGCCAGAAGCACAACGUCAUUUUUCUUCAAUUAGAAGAAAAAUUACCAUAUUAGGGACUAGACUAGAUAGCUUGCAGUCUCUUCUGUCGAAGCUUCCAGAAAAAUCACUUUCAGGCAAAGAGAUGAAUCGGCGGAAGGAAAUGCUUGCAAAUUUGAGAUCAAAAGUAAACCAGAUGGCUUCGACUUUGAAUAUGUCUAACUUUGCCAAUAGGGACAGCUUGCUUGGGCCAGAAAGUAAGCCAGUUGAUGCUAUGAGUAGAGCAUCCGGUUUAGAUAACCAUGGCGUCGUUAGUCUCCAACGCCAAAUUAUGAAAGAACAAGAUGAGGGGCUAGAGAAAUUGGAAGAGACUGUAUUAAGUACCAAACAUAUUGCACUGGCAGUAAAUGAAGAACUCGAUUUACACACAAGAUUGAUCGAUAACUUGGACGAUCAUGUUGAUGUUACAAACUCCCGCUUGCAGCGAGUGCAAAGGACUUUGGCUAUACUGAACAAGCGCACCAAGGGUGGUUGUACCUUCAUGUGCCUAUUGUUAGCAGUGCUCGGAAUCGUCGGUCUGGUGGUGGUUAUAUGGUUGCUUGUGAAAUACUUGUGAGUGGUGAGUUAGCAGAGCCAGCUAACCAAAUUGUCUGUGUGCGAUUGUGUGCAGUUGGUGUUUUGUCUUGUUAAUUAUGUCCUGAGUUGCUGAGCAUAGCCUGCUGUUGUAAAUUACUAACUGAUUACACACAUAACCCAAUUUUGUUGGGACAAGUAUCUUCAAUAUCAUGAUUUCAUUUUCUUGUUUAAA